CCGUUGCGGUGGUACCCUGGGUACUAGAGCUGGGCCCGCCCUGGGGACUUCGUGGCAGCUCUCACCCCUCCACCGCCUUGCGGAGCCCUCCCUAGCUCGCUCCCCCCCUCCCUCCUCCUCCCUUUCACUCCCUCCCUCCCUCCCUCCCUCCCUCAGAACCCAGUUGCUCAAGCCGCUUCCUUCCCCAACGCCAGCGCCAGUUCCCCUCCCGGUGGGGCCCGGGAACGGGGCAGCGAACGCUAGACACUGGAAGAACUGCGGCGGCAGCUGCGAGACCAUGGCCCAGCCCCGAGGGACCGCAGAUCCGGAGCCCAAGGCCUCUCGCGCGCCAACCGCGCAGAGCCUGCGGGGCGCCCCACAGCCCCGCCUCUCGAGAGUGGACACAGGUAGCCUGGGCAGGUACCGGGGCAAUGUCGCCGUCGCCGCCGCCCCCCGGGAGUGCCCCUCCCAAGGCUCGCUGACGCUCUCGGGAGCGGGCUCAGGACGCCGACGGGGAGCCCUGCGGGAGCUAUUGGGGCUGCAGGGGGCGGUUCCCGCCGGGAAGCUGUCCGAGGAGCGCGCGGAGGAGCCGUCCUCGGGAGGGCCCGGCGGACUCAAUGGGCAGGGAGGCAGCGGACUGUGCCUGGAGCCGCGGGAACACGCGUGGAUCCUGGCGGCCGCCGAGGGCCGCUUUGAAGUGCUGCAGGAGCUGCUGGAAGCUGAGCCGGGACUGCUGCUGCGGUGCGAUCCGAUCUCGGGCUACACGGUGCUGCACUGGCUGGCCAAACACGGACGCCACGAGGAGCUCAUUCUGUUGCACGACUUCGCCCUGCGCCGGGGACUGCCGCUCGACGUGAGCGUCCCGGGCAGCGGCGGCCUCACGCCCCUCCAUCUGGCCGCGCUGCAAGGCCACGACAUGGUCAUCAAGGUGCUGGUGGGUGCCCUGGGCGCCGACCCCACGCGCCGCGACCACAGCGGCCACCGAGCGUGCCACUACCUGCGGCCCGACGCGCCACAGAGGCUGCGGGAGCUGUCGGGGGCCGAGGACUGCGAGGCGACAGGCGGCCACCAGUGGGGCAACGCCAACAAUAACAGCAGCGCCGCCGCUGCGUGGACGCUGAGACGGACCCCGAGCGCAGCGGGCGUGACGGCUGUGGGGACAAACAGGAGAGCGGCGGCGACGCGGACCAGGGAGAAGAACACCGUGGCCAGCCGGGUGGCGCAAAUUCAUGGCCUUUUCCGCCAUCUGUUCCCCUUCUUCCAGGACCGUUGAGGGCAAUGAAAACUGGAGAGCUCAGAGGUGACACGAAGCUGCGGCGAGGACUCCGCCCUGGGUUCUCCAGGGUCGCACCCUAGGAGACAGCACGUCGGGGUCCGUCUCAGGUACCUGCCCCAGGUUCCUGCGGCCACCGGCCAGGAGGACCCGGGAGGUAGGGCACUCCCUAACCGAAAGAGAGCCAAGAGCCAAGCCGGCCGGGCCAGGCCCAAAGCUUCAGGACUAAGGAGUUAGGAGAGGGAGAGGGUCCUUCUUGGGAGAGGGAAAGUCAAGCUGCCAGCAGCCAUUUCUGGGCAGGCAGAAGCGCUGGAUUUAUUAGCAAGAAUGAGUUAAGACUAAACCGUGGAUGCAGCGGAAGGAGGCCAUUAAAGGGUCCCCCUGUGAGGGCAGAGUCAGCCCCAGGCUACCUCCCCCUGAGGCUACCAGGCCUUACACCAUGCUACCUGUCCUAAUGUAUCAAGGAUGACUUCUCUAGUAUAUUAAAGCGAAAUGUUUUUUUCCAGUCACAUGACAGAGCUGUCCUUUGAGUGCCUUUUUUUUU